AAGUUUGAAAUCUCGCAUUUUUACCUUUUCCGCUAUUCCUUUAUUUCCAAUUCUUUUGCCGCUUCUUAUUCAUCUCCGGCAACAUCUCCGGCGACCUUCACCGGAAUACUCCUCUUAAGCACUUCAUCCUCACACACCUCCUCAAACAACUGAUCCGUUAAUUCCACCAUUACAUUCAUCCGAUUCAACAACUGACGAUAAUUAUGAAUUAAUGAAUAAUAAUGAUCAUCUCCUUCAGUUUCAGCUGAGUUUGAUCAUAAGAAAGUGUACCGGAAAGUGUUGAAAGAGUUGAGAUCAUCAUGGAGAAUUAUGAAAUACUAGAACAAAUUGGUAAAGGGUCCUUUGCUUCUGCUUUACUUGUGAGGCAUAAACAUGAAAACAAAAGGUAUGUUUUGAAGAAGAUUCGACUUGCUCGCCAGACUGAUAGGACCCGCCGAUCUGCUCUCUUGGAGAUGGAACUUAUUUCUACUGUACAAAAUCCAUUUAUAGUGGAGUACAAAGAUUCAUGGGUCGAAAAGGGUUGCUAUGUAUGCAUCGUUAUAGCGUACUGUGAAGGAGGAGAUAUGGCGGAAGCAAUAAAAAAAGCCAACGGUGUUCAUUUUUCAGAAGAGAAACUUUGCAAAUGGCUCGUUGAACUGUUGGUGGCACUUGAUUAUUUGCAUGUCAAUCAUAUUAUUCACCGUGAUGUCAAGUGUUCAAAUAUCUUCCUAACAAGAGAUCAAGAUAUCCGACUUGGUGAUUUCGGUCUUGCAAAAAUGUUAACUUCUGAUGAUCUUGCAUCCUCGGUCGUGGGAACUCCUAGUUAUAUGUGCCCUGAACUUCUUGCAGAUAUACCUUAUGGUUCAAAAUCAGACAUAUGGUCAUUAGGAUGCUGCAUGUAUGAAAUGGCCGCGUUCAAGUCUGCAUUCAAAGCUUUCGACAUGCAGUCUCUGAUCAACAAAAUAAAUAAAUCCAUUGUGUCUCCACUCCCUACCAUGUAUUCUGGAACAUUCCGAGGACUUAUUAAGAGUAUGCUGCGGAAAAACCCAGAAAUGAGACCAAGCGCUGCUGAUUUGCUCAAACAUUCACAUCUACAACCAUAUGUACUUAAACUCCAUCUUAACAUCAACAGGCCUAGACGCCAUACGCUUCCAGCCCAGUGGCCCGAUUACAACUACGAAAAGAAAACCACGUUCAUUGAGCCCGAACCCAGACCCGUUCAUUAUCACAACGGUAAAAGACCGUCUUUUAGCAGUGACAGGGGUUUGAAUCCUAGUAUAUCCGAACACGAUCAAUAUUCUUCGUAUUCUCAAACGUCAACAAGAAAGCUAUCCAUUGGCAGUGUUGAAGAAUAUAUACAAACAGAGAAGUUAGUAGCUGCCAGGUCAGCAAAUGCUGUUAGAACUCCAAGAGUCACUCCUGUAAAACCUUCUGUUAUCACUCCCAGAAGACACAUUGCUUCACCAAAUGUGAUAAGACGGAGUUCAGAUCGUAAUGUGCUUCCGAUAUCGCAAACUCCGACCAGCAUAUCGUCGCGAACAGCUCGUCGGACAUCUUUACCCUUAUCAACACGUGCCACGAAGCCACAUUUGGGGUUCGAAUCACCAGACGUAUCAGUCAACGCUCCGCGGAUCGACAAAAUGACCGAUUUACCCUUAACGUACACACAAUCACCCGUGAUCAUACCAGCCCGCAAAACUUCUUCAACAUCUGCCCAAUGUUCUUCUGCUACUUCUUCAAACACAAACACCAUCCCGGACCGGUCCAUUACAAUCGACAUGUGUACAGUCAAGACCGUGAACCCCAGCCAAAGCAACCAAACAUGCGCGAGUGGGGCUCAUUCUACAAACAACAGGAGCGAUGACACGUCAUCGGAUUUAAGGGGACAUAGGUGUAGGUUUGACACCUCAUCAUACCAACAACGAGCAGAGGCGUUAGAAGGCUUGUUGGAGUUCAGUGCACAGCUUAUGCAACAAGAACGGAUAGAAGAGUUGGCAGUUUUGUUGAAACCGUUUGGGCCCGAAAAGGUGUCUCCUAGAGAAACCGCAAUUUGGUUGUCAAAGAGCUUGAAGAGAACCGGAGGCGCAACAGGAACCGGAGCUAACGUUGUGGGGAAUUCGUAGUCGGUUUGUGUUUGGUAACCUUUGUCACAUUUUGUUGUUUGUUCAUGUAAUCAUGUGGUUGUGUAGACUGUAGAGCUGAACUGUAAUGAGGCUAGUUGUGAACUACUUGUUCAUGUAACUUAGGAUGAGACCAUCUCACUUGAGUCGAGUCUAUGUACCAUUACCGAUAAUUGGUGUGGAAAGUGAAGGCAGACACGAGCCUCGGUGGGAUCCUCGAUCAUGGUGUUUAGGUAAUCGAUCGAAUGUUACUUCUAGUUCUAACU